GGGGGCCGGACGCGGCGGCGGCGCGGCGGCUGCCCCGCGCCACUGGCGUUAGUCAUGUACCGUGCGGGCUGGCGCCGGCUGUGCAGGAGGAUGCACGUGAUGCGAAGGCCGUCGGGUUUGUGGUGGUCUCAGUGAGGCGACAGACGGUGACCGGGGAGGACGGUCGGUGGUCCGCGCGCUGCGGCGGUGACCUCUAGACCCAUCCUGAGUGGUGUUUUGUCCCGCGGUGACCCUGGGAGGGCGCCUCUGAGAGGUGUGUUGUCUGAGGAGCGGUCGGCACGUUGGAGCUGAGUGCGCAGCCCGGCGCAGGUGUGAUUCCACUCGGCAGUCAGCCGUCCGCUCUGUGAUGCGCCGCGGUGUGGCCUGAGUCGGGAAACCGGUGAGGUGUUGAACCAGCGCCGGGCCAUGUCGGGCUCGCUGUGGGGCACCUGGGGCAGGUCGCGCUGGGGCGGCCUCCGUCGCUCGGGCCGCCGCGGCUCUACGGGCACGCUGCCGCCGCGCCGGGGCUCCGACGGUGCCGACGGUACCGACGGACCGACGCGCGCCCGCAGUGUGUGGUACGUGUCGGCGCCGACGGAGGGCGACGGCAGUGGCGCCGACGGCACCGCCGACAGCGGCGUGUGGCUCAACGAGCGGCACGACCCCUGCGAGAAGCGGGGCAUGUCCCGCUGGUACGUCUACCAGUCCCCGCAACAGUCGUGGCGUCUGUGGGGGGACGAGAAGAGCGACGACGCCGUCUGCUCGGUGUACCUCAAGAAGGUGCGCUACCACCACCCGGGAAGGACGCCCGGAGACAGCGACUCGGAUGACGAGAUAUCGCACCUGGAGUGGGAGACGGUGCGGGUGCGGCUGAUCAAAGCUGGCACCCUGGAGCGGCUGGUGGCCUCGCUGGGCUCACACUCGGGAGAGCUGGAUGCCACCUACAUCACCAUCUUCCUGGCCACCUACCGCUCCUUCACCAGCGCGCGCGCCGUCGUCGACCUCAUCAUCGAACGGUACCGGAAGCUUCAUGAGGGAGAAACAAAUGAAGAGAACCGAGACGAACACAAAAAGUCGCUGCGUCUGGCCAUUAUGGUGUGGCUGGACUCGUACCCGGCCGACUUCCAGGACCACCCCGAGUACCCGCUGAUGCAGCGCAUCCUCGAGUUCUGCCGCACCUACCGGCCGGAGACCUCUGAGCUCGAGAACAAGGUCACACACAAGCUGGAAAAGUUUGAGAAGGAGGAGGAGAUCAAAGCCUCGCCGAUGCUGCAGCGGAUCCUCUCGACGGAGGAGGUGCGGUGUCUGAGCCCGGUGCAGUCGGACGUCCCACCUCUCACCUUCCACGAGAUCUCAGAGCGCCGGUUCGCCGAGCAGCUCACCCGAAUGGACGCGGACCUGUUCCGGAAGGUAAUUCCGCACCAGUGUCUGGGCUCCAUCUGGUCGAAGCGGAAGGGCGUGGACGCCUCCUCGGUGGCGGCCACCGUGGACCAGUUCAACGCCGUCUCCUUCUGCGUCAUCUCCACCAUGCUGAUGGACACGACGCUGCGACACAGCCAGCGCGCCAAGCUCCUGGCCAAGUGGGUCGACAUCGCUCAGGAACUCAGGAUGCUGAAGAACUUCUCUUCAUUGAAGGCGAUCAUUUCAGGGUUGCAGUCAAAUCCUGUAUAUAGGUUAAAACAAACAUGGCUGGCACUUCCCAGGGAUAAGUCUGAGCUGUUCGACGAGCUGGCAAGGAUCUUCAGCGACGCCAACAACAUGUUCAACCAGCGCGAGCUGCUGAUGAAGGAGGGCACCGCCAAGCACGCCGAGGCGUUCGGAGAAAACGACAAGCACCUGCAGAAGCACCUCAGUCGGUCCGGCUCCAACCACACGGUGAACCACGGCACCAUUCCGUACCUGGGCACGUUCCUCACCGAUCUCAUGUACAUCCACGCCGGCAUUCCCGACUACACGGCCGACGGACUCAUCAACUUCGACAAGCGCAGGAAGGAGUUCGAGAUCCUCGCGCAGAUCAAGCUGCUGCAGGGGGCCAGCAACGCGUACAACAUCGCGCGCGACCGGCCGUUCGAGCGGUGGUUCGACGCGGUGCUGGUGUUGGACGACAAGGAGGCAUACGAGCUGAGCUACCAGAUCGAGCCGCACGGCAGCACCUCCAGCCACGGCAGCUCCAGCGGCUCCAGCAGGGACAAGAUCAUGCGGAAGAAAGUGGCGCUCGGUCACAAGAAGCACGACAGCCUGGCCAGCACAUCCAGCAGCUCGUCGAGCCAGUUCUUCGGCGAGAUGGACAGCGUGAGCUCCCCCAACGAGAGCAGCGCGUCCUUCGAGCGACACGCCAGCGUGAUGUCGACCAGCUCCAGCAGCUCGUCGGUACCGUCGCUGGACGCCUCGGUGACGUCAUCGGCCACCAACCAAUCGCAGCAGAGCGCGCGCAAGACGCCGGAUUCUGCGCUGCAGCAGAAGCCGGACGCCGGCUCUCCGUACAUCACGCCAGACUUUUACAUCAUACGGGUGACGAUCCGCACAUCGGCGCACGAGACCGAGGGCAUCAACCUCUACAAGUCCAUCAUGCUGAGCAACAGUGAGCGCACGCCGCAGGUCAUCCGCAACGCCAUGAUCAAGCACGACGUGGAGGGCAACACGGACGACUACGUGCUGGCGCAACUGCUGCCCGACGGAGAGAAAGUCGUCCCUGCCAACUGUAACGUCUACUAUGCCAUCAACACGGCUCACGACCUCAACUUCGUGCUGCGGCCCAAGAAGGACGCCGCCUCCUCGGACACACACCGAUUGAAAGAGUCCAAAUCAAAGCGGAAGCUACUGAUGCUUCACAAAUAGCGGCGGCUCGCUGCCCGGCGACCGCGUUUGAUACUUAUUUUUCGUACUCCAGUGCAAAGCAUCAUCAGUUGUAGAUAGCCAUCAUCAUUGACUGUAGAUAGCGAUUGUCGCCGCAUUCAUUCGGUGUGCGUUCGAGUUGCGUGUUGUGCGUGCAGGGCAUGUCGACUGCCCGCGAUGGAACGACCAAAGACUCUCAUUAUCUCCCUCUCUCUGUGGGCGACGGUUCCGGUCCCGCCGGGGAUCGUACCUCGCUGCCCGACCUCAGCCGUGGACAGACGGGCGCUCACCCGUCCGAGGGCUUCCGUGGGUCAUCCGAGCCUUCCGUGGGCCUUCCGUGAGUCCCUCUGCUGGCCUUCCUGGCCCAGGGAUGCCCUGUGGCGUGCGUAUGACCAGGGCCGCCGGCCCGGAUCGCGAUAUGCUCACGUGUUGUAGUGUUCGGUUGAGUUGUGCAAUUCAGGUCUGAUCACGUGACUACCGGAGUCGGUAGUGGUGUCGUUAUGACGGCCGCUCACGUGAUCCCAGUGAUGUAGGACAACCCCCUGGUCAGAGCGGACUGACCGGAGCCGAGUGGUCCAUUUGGGUCCGAGUGAUCUGCGUUUGUACUUGUAUUGGACUCAUGAAUACAGCUCUGUAACAACGCAA